AUGGAAUAGUUGAAGAAGGGUGUAACUUUCAAUGCUGAUCCAGUAUCAAAGAAAAAUAAACUACAGUUUGAAGAUGUUUUUGCUGAAAAAUUUGCACCUCACAGGUCUGUUCCUUCUUGGACUAGUGCUGUUAAGCUAUACAGAAAGAACAUUAGCAAAGGCAAAAACCAAAACCGUUUGGAAAGGAAAAGGAUCAACUGAAAAUUUGAAAGAAAUAAUGAUUGGGAGAUGCUUCAACUACCUUGGAAUAGUAAAUCCUGAUGCAGGGGACAAAGACUGUCCAACGUUAUGGGAAGCAUUUCUGAGUGCAUUUAGUAAGAAGGACCCAUGCAAAAUUACAACAGAAGAUUAUAAACCAUUUCUGGAUUUGGCAGGUCAUGACAUUCCAAUUAACCAGUCAAUCUUCUGGAGCCAGACCAAAAGGCUCAUCCUUCAGUACACUGAUGUUACACACAAGGUGGUGCCUCUUGAGAGCACUCUGAUUGGUUAUAUGGUGGACGGCCUGAACUGGUGCGGAAAACUCUCCAGCUCAAAACCUAAUUUUGAAGCAUGUCCUGGGUGGAACGAGUGUGAAAACAAUUCAAUGCGUUCAUUUUGGAAGGCGGCAUCUGAAGAUUAUGCCAUGAGGGCACAAGGAGAAGUAACAGUGAUGCUGAAUGGAUCUGCUUAUGGUGAAACCUUCAGGAAUAACAGCAUUUUUGGAGAAAUUGAACUUGGAAAACUAGACAAUAAGUGAAUUACCUUUGUUCAACUCUGGAUCAUGGACAAUAUUAAUGGUCCUGAUAAAGAAUCCUGUGGUGUCAGCAGUGUUGCAGUAUUGGAAAGGAUUCUGAAGGAGAAAAAUAUUAAGUACUCUUGCAAGGAUAAUUACAAGGCUGCUAAAAUGCUGCAGUGCAUUGACAAUUUGAAUCAUCCAUCCUGCGAAUUAGGCAAAAAGCCAAAUGUCACACUGGAUCUGCUCAAGCUACUCUCAGGGAAUUUCUAAAGCUGCCUACUUCUAUACAGACAGGCAAUCAAUGAGAAUAGUGCAAAUAUAUAAAGCAAGCUCCAUUAUACAAUGUAGUAGGAUUAUCUGUAUUUGGUUGAUUCAGAAAUUAAGGUGUAACUCUGGGAAGAAAUAAUGUAUAUUAACAAUAAAAGAGGAUCAAUGAAAUUU